UCUUCCGCAUGCACUGCUCUCCUAGGCCUCUGAUCUCAGAACCGCGCGUGCGUACUCAUAGACUUCCGGAUCACCCAGGCCAAAUCGCCGAUGAGAUUAUGUUCCGCCACGUCGGGGGCACCUCUCAAGUAGCGCUGCUCGUGGUCUUCCUAGUGGCGUGUUUUACUGCAAUGUGACCUGGUUGACACCGCAAAAGGGUGAAGGCUGGCCGAGCGGGUCGGAUGCGCGCACAGAAACGCUUCAGUCUAUCCCAGAUCGACGAAGACGCGUACACUUGGAUCGGAGACGACUUCCCCAAGACGUUUCCAGUCGACGCUGGCCCCGUGCAGACAACCUUCGAGGAGAGCGUCCGCUACUCGCUCUCCGCACCCGAGGCCGAGGACGAGUGGCUCUGGACGGCACCGCUCGUGGGCGAUAACCACGUCCGGCUCGGACCGGAGAAGCGCAUGUUCGCUGUGCCCAUGUUCCACGAACUCCAUUGUCUGCGCAACAUACGCUCUGCGAUGGUCGACGGCCUCGACAGCAUGGGCCCCGUCGGGCAGGGGCACAUACACCAUUGCUUCAACUAUCUGAGGCAAUGGACAUUAUGCGAGGCGGACGUGUCGCUCGAGCCUGGGGACUUCGAGGAGAAGGCGUUUAUACGGGAGAGGGAGGGCGCGACGAGGGUGUGUUGAAUUGGGAGCCAGUGUAUAGCGCGGUGGAGAAGAACUGGGACGAGUGGGUACAGUUUCGGGACGCGCAUGGGCUGACGCCGCAGGUACGAUGAACAGCGAGGCGUCGGAUCAUCGAAGAUCAACCGU